GCAUCAUUUUAAUAAUUAUUAACACUAAUAAUAAAUAAGAAUAUUUUCGUGAUUACGGAUCGAUGUCGUUAUUUUUCGAUCCAAAUUAAUAAUUAAAACAGCUGAAAGAUCUCUAGUGUAUACAACCAGUAAUGCAACGUCUUUCGGUUUCGGUGUGAUUAAUUUUUUGUUGGCGGUAGAUGAGGAGAAUCACGAACUCUGCUACAUGACGUAACCGGUUGACCUUUUGAACUCAGUUGACUUGACCUCUCUGCCAGGAACCUGUUCAGUUAGUAACCGAUUGUUUACGAAGCAGUUAUUCGUUGAAUUUAUUGAAAAAAAGCCAUUCCAGUCGACUCACUGACGAACGUCGCCUCGAAAAUGAAUACUGACGGUAAUAAAGAAUAUUCCGUAAAUUGGAAAAACCACAUGAGCCACGUCCGCAAGGCUUUUGACCAUUUACUCAAUUCGAAUGAAUUGACUGAUGUGACGUUGUGUUGUGAAGGUAAAAAAAUCGGGGCGCAUAAAAUGUUGCUCUCGGCUUGUAGUGGUUACUUUCGGGACACUUUCAAAGAAGUGCCUUGUCAACAUCCAGUUAUUAUUUUAUAUGGAGUUGAGUACAGUAUACUGUCAGAUAUUCUGCGUUUUAUUUACAAUGGGGAAGUCAGUGUGGACACAGCAAAGUUGGAUUCGUUUUUAAAAAUAGCACAAUUGUUGCAAAUAAGUGGUCUUACUGAUGAUCCAAGUGAUUCAAAAGUUGAACCCAGUGGUGUAGAACAUUCAGAUAGUACAGUUUCAAAUUUGGGAAUAGAAGAGACGUUUGUCGAACCUACUACUUCCACAUCUAAAGCUGUAAAAAGAGUGAGAACGAAAGAAGUGGAGGGACCACAGUAUAAAAUCCUGAAGCAAGAUGAAGAUCCUGUUAGACAAAAUGAUACUGUACUAAUAUCAGAUGUUAAAUGUGAGCCGAGUGAAUUAGUUACUUUUGAAGAUCCUCUGGAGGAUCCUUUACAAUCUGAUCACUCAUAUGAUGGAAGACAGUUAUAUGGAUUUGCCACAGAUCAGAAUGCAGCUGAAGAAGACAUGAAAAUUGACGUGGAAGAAAGCCAGAUAUUCGAACGAUUCGGAAAUCAGACUCAGCCCGUGCAAAAGUUAAUCCCUAAAAAUACAAGCAAAACCAAAAAUUACAUUUGGUCGUCUUUCAAAACAUUUUGUCAGCACCGAAAUUAUACGUUGGAUGAAUCAACGUCAACAGAAAAAAUAAGCGAAAUACUAGCUGAUUGGGGUCUGAAUAUGAGAAAGGCCGACGGCUCUGAUUAUAAGGAAGGUGUAGUUAAAACAAUCUGGAACAUUACAGCGAAGAUGAUUCAAGAAAUGUUUUACGAUAAAUACAAGAUAAAAUUUGAUCCGUUUCGGGAUAUCGAUUUUAAGAAGGCAAGAGAUUCACGCGAUAUUAAAAGGCUCCAGCUGCGAUGUUGCCCAGAAAAGAGAAAAGUCAGUUCGAUAAUUUUUACUGAAACGGAACGUUAUAAAAUAUAUACGCUCUGGGACGAAAAUACGCCUAUUGGUUUGCAGCGAAAAUUCUUCCACAUUGUAGGAUUUGAAUUAGCUUGGAAAGGUCGAGAAGCUACAGAUUGUCUGACCUAUUAUUUUCGACAAGAAUUUGAUCAAACAGGAGUGUUUACUGGACGAAUUGAAUACAAUCCCAGUUUUGGUAGAACGUCUAACGAAAGCGGUUAUAAUGAAAGUCGAUGGUUAGUUGCUAAUAAUGCCGAUCCUAACAUAUGCCCUGUAAGGUUAUUACUAAAAUUGCUAGACAAAAGGACUGCAUAUAGCAACAUAAAUACUGAUAGGUUGUUUUUGACACCAAAUCCUUAUUGGAAUAAAUCUGAAACGAGUGCUUGGUAUAAAGAUAGCCCAGUAGGUAAAAAUCAGAUUGCCUCGUGGACUAAAGAAGCUGCUGAAAGAAUCGGAAUCAACACAAAACUAACUAAAAUCACCAAUCGUUCCAACUGCCCCACAGCUAGCAAGUUAAUUUAGGAAAAUCAUUGAAAUAUUUUGUCUAUUUUGUACACAAUGAAAACCAUUGUUCGGUAAAUUCGGUGUUUAGAGUUAGCUGUGCAUCGCUAAACCGUCAGUUUAAAUAUCAAAUCAAUGACGGCGACCGGGAAAUUUGAAACCGUUCAGCAAUGCACAACCAACUUGGAAUGUGAAAUUAAACAACCAUUAAUAAGCACAAUAUAUUUGUACAAACCUUGCUCCAAUUACAAUAAAAGCAAGAAAAAACUGAUCUGUGGUUGUGAUUUCGUUUAAUAAAUGUCGCUGUGUUGACGCCAAGCGUGCUUAACAUUUAAACAAACAAAAUUUGGAACAUAUAUGUGUACCUACUCUUUU